AAUUUUCGCAUGCUCGCAAUCGCUUGCAAUGCUAACCUCACUCACCCAUCGCUACCCAUCGCUCUUCUCUCGUCUCCCUCUCUCAACCUAAACACAGAAAAAAGAUUUCCGGUAGAGAAACGAAUAGGACGUUUUACCUUUGGUGGUGAUGGUGAGCUUAAACCUCUUCACUCCGCUAGGUUCCUCCUGCAGUCAACAAAAUCAAGCUCCGCUUCCAAAAGAUUAGGGUUUUCGGAUGUGGCCUCUAGAGCUCAAAGAAGAAAAUUUCCAGAAGUCUUUUUGAUGCUCAGAAGUGCUUUUAUCUUGUUUCACGCUACACUUCCGGAAACGGUUAUGGUUGGUUGAUUUGUGGUUUCGUCCAAUGCAUCAAUAUCCAUUGAUUCUAAAAUAUUCUGAUUUUGAUGAUUGUGUGUCGCACUGGGAAGUUGGGACUGCCAAAAUGUUGACUGUUGAAUAGCUGUGGAAUCGCUUGCACGAG